AGGGGGACGAUAGAGUAGAGAAAAGAAUUGUUUCCGGUCAAAAGAACCAUAGAGAAAAGCAAGGCAAGAGAGGCGCUAUCCGGAGAAGCAAUGCUCCUGGGAAUGGGUCUUUAGCACUGGAGUUGUUUCCCCAUCCACAACAAUGCCCUUUUCUGACUUUUUCUCGGCCCUGAAGGACAAUCCAUACUUCGGAGCAGGCUUUGGCCUGGUGGGUGUAGGUACAGCGUUGGCCCUGGCCCGUAAAGGGGCACAGUUUGGCUUGGUGGCUUUCAGGCGGCAUUGUAUGAUCACCCUAGAGGUGCCAAGCAAGGACAAGAGUUACCACUGGCUGCUGAGCUGGAUCUCUCACCAUGCAAAGCACACCCAGCACCUGAGUGUGGAGACUUCAUACCUGCAGCAUGAGAGUGGCCGUAUCAGUACCAAGUUUGACUUUAUCCCCAGCCCUGGGAACCAUUUCAUUUGGUAUAAAAGGAAGUGGAUCCGCGUAGAACGGAACCGGGAGAAACAAAUGAUUGACCUGCAUACGGGCACCCCCUGGGAAUCUGUCACCUUCACAGCAAUCGGUAGCAACCGAGAAGUUUUCUUCAACAUCCUGCAGGAAGCCAAAGAAUUGGCUCUCAGGCAGCAAGAAGGAAAGACGGUCAUGUACACAGCCAUGGGGACUGAAUGGCGGCCAUUUGGUUUCCCACGACGUCGACGUCCGCUCACCUCUGUAGUGCUCGAGAAAGGAGUGUCCGAGAGAAUUGUGCAGGAUGUGAAAGAGUUCACUGGUAACCCCAAGUGGUACAUUGAUCGAGGAAUCCCCUAUCGGAGAGGAUACCUGCUAUACGGGCCCCCAGGUUGUGGAAAGAGCAGUUUCAUCACAGCCCUUGCUGGAGAACUUCAGUACAGCAUCUGUCUCAUGAGCCUGAGCGACCGCAGCCUCUCUGAUGAUCGUCUUAACCACCUCCUGAGCGUAGCUCCUCAACAGAGCAUCAUCCUCCUGGAGGACGUGGAUGCUGCUUUCGUCAGCCGGGAUCUUGCUGCCGAAAACCCCACCGCAUACCAAGGCAUGGGACGCCUGACUUUCAGUGGCCUUCUCAACGCGCUGGAUGGUGUGGCUUCCUCCGAAGCAAGGAUUGUAUUCAUGACCACCAAUCAUGUGGACAGGCUCGAUCCAGCCCUGGUUCGCCCUGGCCGGGUGGACCUGAAGCAGUACGUGGGGCACUGCUCAGAGUGGCAGCUCGGGCGCAUGUUCCAGAGGUUCUACCCAGACCAGCCAGCAGCUGCGGCCGAGGAGUUUGCCAAACGGGCCGUGUCUGCCUCUGAUCGGAUCAGUGCCGCACAAGUCCAGGGCCACUUCAUGCUAUACAAGGCGGAUCCGGACGCAGCCCUUAAGAACGUGCAAGCUCUUAUAUCCUGAUGUUGAACAAACCCCGAGAGCGCUGUGCAUACUGCUUUCCCAGGAAAAGGGUUGUUUGCAUGCAUGGAUUUGUUUACACGGGACAAGAUAAUCAUGAGGAUGAUGCCAUCCGCAUGUCCACCUCAGUAAGGUCACCUUUUUGUAAAGAAAAUAAAGAGCAAACCAACAUAACUCCUCCAUUGCACCUCUUGAAAAUGAAUAAAUGUGAAGUUCAGGUGUUGUGGAACUAUGUCCUCCAGAUGGCAAAUGUUAACACCCGAGGAGAGGCCCAAAAGGUGUCAU